AUGCAAUUUCUUCUUCGUAUGAUCAUCUUGUUGUUAUGGCUCAUAAGUCGAGCAGCAUCAUCAUCAUCAGAUCAAAUAGCAGCAAUAGCAAAGCCUAACUGCAAAACGCAUUGUGGAGAUGUUACCAUCCCAUACCCUUUUGGGAUUGGCCCUAGCAGCAAUUGUUACUUGUACGAUUGGUUUGAAAUUGAGUGUGACUACACCACCAUCCCACCCAGGCCUUUCUUGAGGCUUGCCAAGCUAGAGCUGCUCAAUAUUUCUAUUGAUGGCACGCUUUGGGUUAACAACCCUGUUACUUUCUUCUAUGGAGGAAAAGGAAUUCGCAAAGUAGCGCCAAAUUUGACGGGAAGCCCUUUCGUGUACUCAGAGAGAUACAAUAGACUCACUGCAGUUAGUUGUGGAUUCUUUUUGGUGGUAAGGUCAGAUGAGAAUGUUGUUGGUGGGUGCAUGUCAACUUGUGAUAAGAAUUAUCAUUCUAGAGGCAAUUAUGGAUGUAUUGGUAUUAACUGUUGCCAGACUACCCUGCCGGCAUAUCUCACUGCCAUCACCAUUGAGUUGCAGGCUGAAUAUGAAGAAGCUACUGGUGGAAAUGACCACAUGGGAAUGGGAACAGGGACGCGAACGGGAAUGGGAAUGGAUGACUACAACUACGCCUUCAUGGUUGACCGCGACUGGUUCGAGAUUAAUUUUUCAAAUUUUACAUAUGUGAAGGACAAGGGCAGCGUUCCUGUGGUCCUAGAAUGGAGAUUCAUUGUAAACACAUCGAUAGUACACCUGUGGAAUUUUCUAUUAAGGGACCCCACACCCUAUUGCAGAACAUAUGAUGCCAAUCAUUUUAUGAAAUUCAAUCAUUACAAUCAUUCAGAGCUUAAAUGUUUCUGUCCGCCCGGCUUUGAAGGAAGUCCGUAUCUUCUCCAGCCUUGUCAAGAUAUAGAUGAAUGCAAGGGCUCUAAUCCGUGUAUGAGCGAGCUUUCUAAUCCCACCGCAUGGAAAUUUGGUUACGGUCCUGGCAUGAGUCUUGGACUGUUGUUACUCCUUAUAUAUGUAUACAAAUGCAUAAAGAAAAGGAAAAAGAUCAAACGCAGGGAAACGUUUUUCAAACGAAAUGGUGGUUUAUUGUUAGAGCAACAAUUAUCGUCAAAUAAAGUUCAUGUACAGAAAAUCAAGUUGUUCAAAUCCAAGGAGUUAGAGAGGUCCACUGAUAACUUUAAAAUUAACAGAAUUCUUGGCCAUGGAGGCCAAGGUACUGUUUACAAAGGCAUGUUGGCAGAUGGAAGAAUCGUUGCUAUAAAGAAGUCUAAAAUAGUGGAUGAAGGCAAACUUUCAGAAUUCAUUAAUGAGGUUGUGGUCCUUUCACAAAUUAACCACAGGAAUGUGGUUAAAGUAUUGGGAUGUUGUUUGGAGACUGAAGUUCCUCUUUUGGUCUAUGAAUUCAUACCCAACGGAACCCUUGCUGAGUAUAUCCAAGGGCAAGUUGAGGAGUUUCCACUUACAUGGGAGAUGCGGUUACGAAUUGCCACAGAAAUCGCAGGUGCUCUUUCCUACUUACAUGGUGCAGCUUCCUUUCCCAUUUUUCACAGAGACAUCAAAUCAACAAACAUACUGUUGGAUGAAAAAUACAGAGCAAAAGUUGCUGAUUUUGGAACUUCUCGAUCAGUUUCCGUUGACCAAACUCACGUGACAACACUUGUUAAUGGUACAUUUGGUUACUUGGACCCGGAAUACUUCCAUUCAAAUCGAUUUACUGAGAAAAGUGAUGUGUAUAGCUUUGGAGUAGUCCUUGUUGAGCUCUUGACUGGACAAAAACCAGUUUGUGCAGUAUUAAGGUCCCAAGAAGACGAAUAUAGAAGUCUUGCCACACAUUUCAUUAUUUCGAUGCAAGAAGAUCGUCUAUUUGACAUUGUUGAUCCUAGAAUUUUGAAGGAGGGCUCUAAAAGAGGGAUCAAAGUAUUUGCUAGCCUUGCAGGAAGAUGCCUAAACGCAAAUGGGAGGAAUCGUCCUACAAUGAGAGAGGUCACAACCGAGUUGGAGGCCAUCCAAAAGUCAGAAACAACUUAUAAUGGGGCUCAACCGAAUUAUGAAGGGGUGUAA